AUGGCGGACAUCCUCACCCAGCUGCAAACUUGUCUUGACCAGCUUGCAACUCAAUUCUACGCAACGCUCGGCUAUCUCACCACCUACCAUGACAAUUCCCCGGCUAUCCCACCUCCAAAUGUCCCCAACGCCGCACCAGCCCUAGCUAGGAUCUCCAAGAAUACAAACGCACCACCAGUCCCUGCCUCCGUGGCAGCAGGCGCAGCAGGUGACGGCGCAGCACAAACAUCACCAAUUCCCCCACCCACCCAACAACCCGGCACAGCAGGAGAAACAGGCGAAGCUGAAGGGGACCCGAAUCUCCCACCGCAACCCGAUUCGCCCCGCACAUUUGCAGCUCGUCAGCGCGAGCUGGCGCGCGAUCUUAUCAUCAAGGAGCAGCAGAUUGAGUACCUAAUCUCUGUGCUGCCCGGUAUCGGUGCCUCCGAGGCAGAGCAGGAGUCAAGGAUACGUGAGCUGGAGACGCAGCUACGGGAUGUGGAGAAGGAGCGUAUGGCCAAGACAAAGGAGCUGCGGAGAUUGAGGGGCAGGCUGGAGAGUGUUCUUGGGGCUGUUUCGGUGGGGAUUUAUGGGGAUAAGGAAUACCAAAGGUGA